AGGCAAACAAGAUAUAAGAAGAAAUAAAAAAUAAUGAAAAUAGGAAAAUUUGGGAACCUCCAACCACUCCCUUGAUUUUUCCUUCUAUAAAAGAAACCACAUAACUCAAAAGAGAACCACCACUGAAAUGUCCUUCAACAUAGUAAAUUAGCAAACAAUUAUAACCAAAGUUGUGAUAUGGCACAAGUGAAGUUGCUAGGUUUCUGGUAUAGCCCAUUUACUCAUAGGGUUGAGUGGGCUCUAAAGAUCAAGGGAGUGGAAUAUGAAUAUAUUGAAGAAGAUCGAAAUAAUAAGAGCUCUUUGCUUCUUGAAUCCAAUCCAAUUCACAAAAAAGUUCCAGUGCUAAUUCACAAUGGCAAGCCCAUUUGUGAGUCCAUGGUGAUUCUCGAGUACAUUGAUGAAACAUUUGAAGGCCCUUCCAUCUUGCCUAAAGACCCUUAUGACCGAGCUUUAGCUCGUUUUUGGGCUAAGUUUCUUGAUGAGAAGGUGCCGGCAGUGGUAAGUACUUUCUUACGCGUAGGAGAGGAACGAGAGAAAGGUAAAGAGGAUGUUUGUGAGAUGCUGAAAGUUGUUGAUAAUGAGCUCAAGGACAAGAAGUUCUUUGUUGGUGACAAAUUUGGAUUUGUUGAUAUGGCAGCAAAUUUAAUUGGACUUUGGCUAGGAAUUUUUCAAGAAGCCUCUGGAGUUGUAUUAGCAACAAGUGAAAAUUUUCCUAAUUUUUGUGCUUGGAGAGAUGAGUAUAUUAACUGCAGCCAAGUCAA